GGGACGACAGAAGUUGUUACUAAACAUAGAGAGAGAGGAGAGCCCUCCGUCUGGUUAGAUGAAACGGAGGGAAAUUAGAGGAGGAACCGUGAGUUGUGCGUGAUGGCGCUCGGAGGAGGAAGCUUCAUGGAGCGACGCCAGGCAGGGAUAAACUUUGCGCUGCUGCUCGUCGCCUACAUCUUAUACCUGCUCCUCGGCGCUGGGAUAUUCUCGGCCAUCGAGCUGCCAUAUGAGCACGAGCUCCGGGGGGAGGUGCAGGCGGUCAGACGGGACUUCCUGAGCAACAACACCUGCGUGUCAGACGCGCGCCUUGAGGAGCUCCUGGCUCUCGCGCUGGAGGCCAGUAACUAUGGCGUGUCCAUCCUUGGUAACAACAGCAGCCGCAACUGGGACUUCAUAUCAUCCCUGUUCUUCACCAGCACCGUGCUGACGACAACAGGUUAUGGCCACACUGUUCCCCUCUCUGAUGGAGGGAAGCUAUUCUGCAUCUUCUACUCCCUCUUAGGCAUCCCCAUCACCCUCUUCUUCCUCUCCACUGUGGUGGAGAGGCUUAUGGUCUUGGUGACCCGACGGCCAGUCUCCUACUUCCAUCGGCGAUGGGCGAUUUCUCGGCCCAAACUGGCUGCGAUGCAUGCCACAUUCCUCAGCAUCAUCAUGGCUUUGCUCUUCCUCAUCAUCCCUGCAUGUAUCUUUUUAGCUCUGGAGGAGGACUGGAACUUUUUAGAGUCUUUGUAUUUUUGCUUUAUCUCACUGACGACUAUUGGACUUGGGGAUUAUGUUCCUGGAGAAACUUCUAAUAAAGAGGCCAACCCUCACCCACAUCUGUACCGGCUGGCCAUUACAGUAUAUUUGCUGCUAGGUUUGGUGUGUGUCCUGGUUGUCAUGGAGACAUUCUUUGAGCUUCCCCAAAUGAGACAACUAAGACAGAAGUUCCUCCAAGAAAACAUUCGAGAACUGGACUCAGAAUCCACCAACAUCAUUGAUCACGAUCACCUGAGUGGCCAGGCGACUGACCCGACGUAUCAGAUGACAUCUUCAGUUCAGCCGCCGGUAAUCCCUUCAGUGUCAGAACAGGCAGAGACCAUGAGGCAGAACAACACAACAGUUCCUUACGCCCCCGUUGCAGUAUCCGCUGUUAAUGGAAACCUGAGAUAACAGCUGUCUGGGAUUUUAGGGGGGUGUUAUGUACAAAUAGUUUUUAAGGGACUGACUCGUGAACUUUUCCUUAUGAACAUAAGUGUGUGUACAUACAGUAUACACUUUGGCUGCAGAGUCUUUAAAAGCUGAUAUCUGUCUGCCAAUACCAACAUUGAUAUGUGGCGUUAAAACAGAAACCACCCACAUAACAUCACUAUGGUAUUGUUUUCUCUAUUGCUGCUUUGCUGCUUGCAGAUAGAAAUCUGAGGAAGGGCUUGGCCCAACAAACAGAGGGACAGCCUUUGACUUUUCAUUUCCAGACAGAGUGUUGAUGUUGGAACUUGGAAACACACUUUUAGCACACUCUCUCUCAGAUGGGAUUUGCAUAUGCCAUUUGCCUUCUUGGCAUCAGUAAAGCCAACAGAGCAACUGAAGAACUUGGUAAAUUGUCUGUUGGUCAAGAGUAAACCUUGUGCAAGUAUUCCAUGAAGAUGGUGGCAGGGAAUAAACAUUUUUCUUCCUGGUUUCUAACAGAUGGUAAUUUUUGGCUUUUAGUUCCUGAUGGGCUACAGCAUGUCACAGAGCUGCCAACUUUCACGCACUGAGCGUGAGACACACGCAUCUGACCCUUUUCACACGCUCUCACGCCACACCUCCAAUCUCUCACGCUAAACCAGCGCCUGCGCUCCCCAAAUGUGCAUCAUGCACAGUGUGUAGGGCUUCUGAAAAUCAAAACAGAUGAUAUUAAUUAUAGCAUUAGCUACUGAACAACAAGCACAUAAACAACACUUACGUACUACUUUAACUGGCAUUAGUUCACACACAGAAUCCCAUCUGUAUAAUCCAAGCCAGUGUGCUUUUUUUCCCACUCUGGUUGUGAGAUGGGCGGAGCGGUGAGCUCCACCUGCUGUUGAUGGGACGGGCAUGCCCGGUUCUCCCAGAACCGUGAGCUGCAGCUGCGAGCGCCGCCAAAAUGACAUGCUUUAUUUAGAAAUGCAGCCGCGUCGCUAGCCGGUGUUGACGGAGUUUCAGUCCCGGAUGUUUCUCUUUUGUUUUCACUCAUCAGCCACAGAUCCUUACUCACAGCAAGCUGGUCUUUCUACCAUGGUGACUCACUCACAUGUUCCCUCUCCUACAUUAGUUGGUGAUGCGGUGAAUUAAAUGUUUGAAUUCACCACUUCACCAGUGUGUUUUUCCUGUUUGUGAGACUAACCCCUCCUCCAUAACCAGGUUACUGGUACGGAAGCCUGGAAGGGCCAAAACUCCUCAAACUUUUCUUCUACUGCUGACAUGAAUUACAUAAGAUAGAACAGAGUAAAUUUUAUGAGUCCCACAGAGAGGACAUUAACUCACAGCAGCACACACACUUAGAGAAUCAGAUUACAGGUCAAACUGAUUCCAGCCAUGUUUGCUUUGAUAUCUUCAUGCUGAUGACCCACAUGAACAUAGUCCUCUGUUUAGUGGAUGCAAUUACAUCAUGAAGUUAGCUUAACAUGACAGAUUUAGUUUUCUUGGCAGCAAAUAAUUACUGGUAAUAUUAUGAAUGACAUGAAAUUGCCCACCCCCAGAUGGAAAUUUAAAAAAUGUACAUUAAUUAUAAUUCAAAGUUCCUGUGUGACAUUUGUGACACGUAGCUGUAACUCUUUACUGCUGAUAGAUAGAUAGAUAGAUAGAUAGAUAGAUAGAUAGAUAGAUAGAUAGAUAGAUAGAUAGAUAGAUAGAUAGAUAGAUAGAUAGAUGAUAGAUAGAUAGAUAGAUAGAUAGAUAGAUAGAUAGAUAGAUAGAUAGAUAGAUAGAUAGAUAGAUAGAUAGAUAGAUAGAUAGAUAGAUGAUAGAUAGAUAGAUAGAUAGAUAGAUAGAUAGAUAGAUAGAUAGAUAGAUAGAUAGAUAGAUAGAUAGAUAGAUAGAUAGAUAGAUGAUAGAUAGAUAGAUAGAUAGAUAGAUAGAUAGAUAGAUAGAUAGAUAGAUAGAUAGAUAGAUAGAUAGAUAGAUAGAUAGAUAGAUAGAUAGAUAGAUGAUAGAUAGAUAGAUAGAUAGAUAGAUAGAUAGAUAGAUAGAUAGAUAGAUAGAUAGAUAGAUAGAUAGAUAGAUAGAUAGAUAGAUGAUAGAUAGAUAGAUAGAUAGAUAGAUAGAUAGAUAGAUAGAUAGAUAGAUAGAUAGAUAGAUAGAUAGAUAGAUAGAUAGAUAGAUAGAUAGAUAGAUGAUAGAUAGAUAGAUAGAUAGAUAGAUAGAUAGAUAGAUAGAUAGAUAGAUAGAUAGAUAGAUAGAUGAUAGAUAGAUAGAUAGAUAGAUAGAUAGAUAGAUAGAUAGAUAGAUAGAUAGAUAGAUAGAUAGAUGAUAGAUAGAUGGAUAGAUAGAUAGAUAGAUAGAUAGAUAGAUAGAUAGAUAGAUAGAUAGAUAGAUAGAUAGAUAGAUAGAUAGAUAGAUAGAUAGAUAGAUGAUAGAUAGAUAGAUGAUAGAUAGAUAGAUGAUAGAUAGAUAGAUAGAUAGAUAGAUAGAUAGAUAGAUAGAUAGAUAGAUAGAUAGAUAGAUAGAUAGAUAGAUAGAUAGAUAGAUAGAUAGAUAGAUAGAUGAUA